CAUGUCGGCGGCCCUGCUGCGGCGGGGCCUGGAGCUGCUGGGAGCGCCAGAGGCCCCCCAGGCCGCGCCCGGCCAGGCCAAGCCGAGCAGGGCUCAGGUGAAGCGGACCUGGAAAGCUAAGGCUACCCAAGCCCAGAAACUGCGGAACUCGGCCAAGGGAAAGGUGCCCAAGUCGGCGCUUGCCGAGUUGCAGAAGCGACAGUGCCGAGGCUGCCUCGGAGUAAACCUCAAGUUUAUGACCAGUGCAAGAAGUCCAGUGGCCGAGUCGGUCACCCAGAAGAUUGUGUGCCAGAACCGGGGCCGCAAGGCGUGUGACCGGCCCGUGGCCAAGACGAAGAAGAAGGCGGCGGAGGGCACCGUGUUCACCGAGGAAGACUUCCAGAAGUUCUAGCAGGAAUACUUCGGC